AUGGUCAAUUCCCGCACGGAUAGGGCGGACGUCGUCGAAGUUGAGGCAAAAGUCGAUAGGUUGACGGACAAGAUAAAGACUUCAACACCUUCACAACGAAAUGAUGCUAUCCCUCAAAUACAUUCUCCCGCCGAUGCCGGCCCCGCUCACUAUCUCCGCCUCGACGGUUCGUUCUAUCAGGUCGAGAAUUACGGCCGCACGCACAUGACGCUCGAUGAGAAGACAGUCCGAACGGACUCGCGGAUUAACGUGAACGUCGAGAUACCAAAUACAUGGCGGGAGGACCGCAUGAGCUACAUUCACGAAGAGCGCGAUACCGGCUUCACACAAAUAAUAUCAUCCUCCGGGCAUUCCUCCAACGUACAUGCAUUGACGUCAUUGUCUAUGCCUCUGCCAUGCUCGCAUUUUGCUCUGUUUGUGGAACAAUACUGA